GGUUGCACUGGUGUAUUGAAUAUUGUCGAGAAAUCAGCUAAUUGAUCACGAAAAAGACACGACCCUGUUGUCGUCAUCGUCUUCUCCCCAUUCGCAAACCCUCGUCCCUUUCUCUCCCGUUGGCCGUCGCGAGCCCUCGCCUCCGCCUUACGGUUCAGCACGGUCGGAGGAGAGAUGACCGCGCCUCCGGAGCAGCGACAGAAGCCGGACCCCAGCGCCGCUACCAAGGGCUUCUUCCGCCAUCUCGGCCUCUUCGAGAUGCUCCCCGAAUCCGCCGACAAGAAGGAUUUCUUCUCCGACCUCAUCCGCAGCAUCCUCAAGGUCGACCGCGUCGAGCCCGGCCGCGUCACCUGCACCCUCACCGUCCGCUCUGCCGUCACCAAUCCAUACAACACGUUGCAUGGAGGUGCGGUGGCGGCCGUGGCAGAGAUGGUGUCCCUGGCUUGUGCGAAGACGGCGGCCGGCGACAAGGACUUCUUUCUCGGGGAGUCGAGCACUGCUUACCUCUCCGCUGCAAGGCUAAAUGAAGAUGUGGAAGUCAAUGCAUCCAUAUUGAGGCAGGGUAGAAACGUGGUAGUAACAUCAGUAGAUUUCAGAACAAAGAAAACUGGGAAGCUUUUAUUUACAUCUCGCUCUACCUUUUACAUUAUGCCAGUGUCAAGUCUUUAAACUCUAUUUUAUGAAACUUUAUGUAUUAUAAUAAGUUAAUAUGUGAAUAAGGAACAGCAACCAACGAGAUGGUAUGGUUUCA